AUGAUCACCUGUAUCAUCCGUAUGCAAAACUCUAAUAAGGAAGUGGUAUACACUUACAUCUAUGCGGUUAACUGCAAGUAUGGGAGGCAACAACUAUGGAGCGAAAUUGAGGAUCUAUCAAAGGAUGCAAUUAAAUGCUCUAAGCCUUGGGUUGUUAUGGGAGACUUCAAUCAAACCCUCAAUCCGCAAGAGAGCUCUGUUGGCUGUACAAGAAUCACCAAAGGUAUGCGGGAGUUUAGACAAUUUAUCGAGAAUGCAGAACUCACAUACCUGGCAAUCAGAGGCAAUGCUUUAACCUGGUGGAACAAAAGAGAAGCAAACCCUAUAGCAAAGAAGCUGGAUCGAGUCCUGGUCAAUGAUCACUGGCACAUGGAGUUCCCUCUCUCCUAUGCUGAAUUCGGAGACCCCGGAAUGUCGGACCACUGCCCUAGCUGCCUCAGAACGGGAAUCGUCACCAGAACUAAAAAACCCUUUAUGGUGUCGCAUUUCCUCUUCCAGCAUAAGGAGUUUCUUCCACGGGUCGCCGAUUUCGGGAACUCUACUUCUAUAGAUGGAACAACAAUGUUUCGUUUCUCCAAAAAGCUCAAACUCCUUAAAAGGGUCAUCAAAACCCUUAAUAAGGAGCACUUUUCAGACUUAGAAACUAGAGUAAAGGAGGCUCAGGAUCUUCUAGCAUCUCACCAAGCUCGUUUUCUGGCAAAUCCUACCCCCCCUCUUAGCAAGGUUGGAGAGACAAGCUCAACAGAAAUGGCACAGUCUAGCUUUAGCUGA